GAGAGAGAGAGAAAGAGAGGGUGGGAGCCUUGAGGAGGCCAAGAGAAAGUGGAACGUUUCUUUCAGCCGACAAUUUCUGCGCGAGAGGAACUAUACACAUAAACACACACACACACACAGUCUAGUCGUGCGAAAUGUAUAGCAAUAGUUACACCAAUCAAACUUCUUUCAGACCUAGGGGGAACAGGGAAUACGGCAAUCGAAAAGGGGGUGGUGGUACCUAUUGGAAUAGUCAACAGCAAUCUCAAAUUGAGUUUGGAGUAAACAAAAAACAAAAUCAGAAGAAAUCACCAGGUGACCUUUUAAAGAAACCAAACUGGGAAAUGAUGACAUUACCGAUUAUUACAAAAAAUUUAUACGUGCCUCACGUCAAUAUACUAAGUCGUACACCUGAUGAAGUUAGCAAGUAUUACUCUGGCAAAGAGAUUACUGUCAAGGGCAACAAUACACCAUUCCCAAUACAGGCGUUUGAGGAAAGCAACUUUCCCGAUUAUGUAAUGGAGGAAAUCAGAAAGCAGGGAUUUUUGGAACCUACUGCAAUUCAAGCUCAAGGAUGGCCAAUUGCUCUUAGUGGUAGAGAUAUGGUUGGCAUUGCUCAAACUGGAUCUGGCAAGACAUUAGCUUACAUUCUUCCAGCAACGGUCCAUAUCAAUAACCAACCACGUCUAUCACGAGGCGAUGGUCCUAUUGUACUUGUCCUUGCGCCAACCCGUGAACUCGCUCAACAGAUUCAAAGCGUUGCUCGAGACUUUGGUUCAUCAUCGUGCAUCCGUAAUACCUGCAUUUUCGGUGGGUCACCAAAAGGCCCACAAGCUCGUGAUCUGGAACGCGGAGUAGAAAUCUGUAUCGCUACACCGGGACGUCUUAUUGAUUUUCUGGAGCGGGGUACAACAAAUCUACGUCGAUGCACGUACCUCGUUCUCGACGAGGCUGACCGCAUGCUGGACAUGGGCUUUGAACCUCAGAUUCGUAAAAUUAUUGAACAGAUUAGGCCAGAUAGGCAAGUUCUUAUGUGGUCGGCUACCUGGCCUAAAGAGGUCCAAGCCCUUGCCGAAGAUUUUCUCAGUGACUAUAUUCAAAUUAAUAUUGGCUCAUUGACGCUUGCUGCUAAUCAUAAUAUACGUCAAAUUAUCGAAAUCUGCCAGGAGCAUGAGAAAGAGAAUAAAUUAACUGGUUUACUCAGGGAAAUUGGUUGCGAGCGUGGCAACAAAACUAUUAUCUUCGUGGAAACAAAGAAAAAAGUCGAUGAUAUUACGAAAGCUAUCAAACGAAAUGGUUGGCAUGCAAUAGCCAUUCACGGUGACAAGUCGCAACCAGAGCGUGACUACGUACUUUCAGAGUUCAGGAAUGGAAAAACAGCUAUUCUGGUGGCAACGGAUGUCGCUGCUCGUGGUCUUGACGUCGAAGACGUUAAAUACGUUGUUAAUUUCGAUUAUCCAAACAGUAGCGAAGAUUACAUUCAUAGGAUAGGCAGGACUGGCCGAUGUCAAAGCGUGGGUACCGCGUAUGCGUACUUUACACCAAACAACGCACGACAAGCCAAGGAACUGAUUUCAGUAUUGGAAGAGGCCGGCCAAUCGAUCAAUCCCCAACUGGCCGAAAUGGCCAACUCUCAAAGAAAUCAAUAUGGUAAAGGUCGUCAACGAUGGAAUCACAGCCGCGGUAACAGUAACGGAGUAAAAGAUGGCCAGAUGGCUGGUGGUAGUCCAAGAAACAAUCGAAGCAGUCCUUCGCAAAAUAGCUGGCAGAAUCACUUUGGGCAUCAGAGCCAAAAGCCGUCACAAGGUAUAUCAGGCGGUCGACCGAUGAUGCGCCAGCAGAAUUGCUACCAAACUGCCCGACAAAACAGCUAUCAAAACAGCUACCAAAAUGGCUAUCAACAGCAACAGCAACAGCAGCAGCAACAACAGUCAUCAUCUCCCAAUGGAUUCCAGGUCUCGCAGCACCAGCAAGUACAGGCUCAGCAGCAGGUGCAGCCACAACAGCCGCAAUCGCAACAGCUACAGCACAGACAAUCCAAUGGUUAUCAAAACAUUACCAGCGCUUAUCAGUCGAGUGGUGGUUCGAUUCAGAAUGGCUACGGUCAGAACAGUGCCAAUCAGCAACAGCAGCAGCGUUACCAGAACUACACUGGAAAUGGUUACCAGGGUAGCAAUCGUUACAAUAAUCGACAGAACGUAUACGCGAGCGGACAGCAGACUAGGCAGCAGCAGCAACAACAACAGCAGCAACAACAACAACAACAGCAGCAGCAGCAACAACAACAGCAACAACAACAACAACAACAGCAACAACAAGGAAUGUAUUCGAUACCUCAAGCCUUUAUGAUGCCAUCAGGCGCUCAUACUGCGGACUCGAGCAUUCAGAAUCUUGUGAACAAUAAGUUCUUUCAGACGAAUCGACCACCACCUGCGACGGCUAAUCCCUGCGCCUAUCAGUCUGCUAUGAGCUACGGCCAGUUCCAGGCCGUACCGCCCUAUGGAUAUCCAUAUCCACCAACUCCCGUGCAGCAGUGAUGCGUCGCCUAAAUUGGCGAUGUUUUAAUAAAGGGAAAGCUUCUUGAUUUUUUUUAAUUUGAAAAAAAAA